CGCGGGAAGGGCGUGGGCAGUAGCAGCAGUUGCAGCAGCCUGGGCAGGGACCCCCGCGGUGCGCUUGCCCUGGGCGGCUUCAGGGAAUCUAGCUGGGCAAGCAGUUCAGGCGGGUCCAGAGGCUGGGCGUGACCUUGCUGGGAGGGGCCAGCGGGGACUGAGGGAACGAGAGCUCUCCAGAGCCAGAGGGAACUGAGAUCCAGGAGCGGGCUGUGGGAAAUUGGGAGCUGGAAGUAGAAGUGGAAUCGCAGAGCCCGAUCUUCCCCUCAAUUCAGUCGGAGGGCCCCCAGUGGCUCCCGGGACAGCCAGAGCGGGAGGGGGCCGGGCCACAGAUCACGGACCCAAUGGAGAAAUACAAAGCACAGAAGUGUUGCUGUCUGAUGGUUCACAGAAGGAUUCUUCAGGUUUCUACUUCUCUAGAACAGCUGCUUACAGAACUGGAUGCCUUUUUGAAGAUCUUAGACAAGGAAAACCUGAGUAGCACAGCUGUGGUGAAGAAGAGCUUCCUUACUGACCUCCUUCGACUCUACACAAAGACCAGCAAUUCCGAUGAGGAAUAUAUUUACAUGAACAAAGUUACAACCCAUAAGCAGCCGAAUGUGGAGAUAGAAGGCAAAGGAAAAGACAAAGACAAAGUACUGAAUUUCUCAGAUCCUCUGACCAAUGGAGAGUUGGUACAACACUUAUCUGCCCCACAGAAGAGUUUGCCUGAUCUUCCACCUCCUAAAAUAAUUCCAGAAAGGAAACAGCUCCCAGUCCCAAAGAUCGAGUCUCCAGAGGGAUAUUAUGAAGAGGCAGAACCAUAUGAUACUUCCUUAAAUGGUUAUUCUAGUACAUUUUCCACCACUGAAAUCCUAAAAUGGGUUCAGGUGUCUGAGGGAGUCAUUUAUGCCACAAUCAUCUUAGAGGAUGGUGAACCUGUGAGUAGCUCCUAUGAAUCGUAUGAUGAAGAAGAGAGCAGCAAAAGCAAGUCAACCCCCCACCAAUGGCCAUCCCCAGAAGCCACCAUUGAGCUGAUGAAGGAUGCCCGGAUCUGUGCCUUCCUGUGGCGGAAGAAGUGGCUGGGGCAGUGGGCCAAGCAGUUGUGUGUCAUUAAGGACAGCAGAUUACUGUGCUACAAAUCCUCUAAGGAUCACAAUCCCCAGCUUGAUGUGAAUCUGGUGGGCUGUAGUGUUGUCUACAAGGAGAAACAAGUGAGGAAGAAAGAGCAUAACCUGAAGAUCACUCCAACAAAUGCUGAUGUGAUUGUCCUAGGACUGCAGAGCAAGGACCAGGCAGAGCAGUGGCUCCGGGUCAUCCAAGAAGUCAGUGGCUUGCCUUCUGAAGGAGUUAAUGAAGGAAACCAAUACAUUCCUGAUGCCCAGCGUCUCAAUUGUCAGAAACCAGAUAUAGCUGAAAAAUACCUCUCAGCCCCAGAAUGUGGGAGUAAUGUGGAUGGUCAUCCUGAGACCACAGAGACCAAAGAUGUUAAGAAGAAAGGUACAGCAGGUCUCAAACUGAGCAACUUGAUGAACCUGGGGAGGAAGAAAUCUGCUUCACUGGAGAAUUCUGAGAGGUCUCUGGAGACAUCCAGUUACCUGAACGUCCUGGUCAACAGCCAGUGGAAAUCCCGGUGGUGCUACGUGAAAGAUAGCCACCUGCACAUCUACCAGGACAGGAACCGAACUAAAUCAGCCCAGCAGCCACUCAACUUGGUGGGAUGUGAAGUUGUCCCAAAUCCCAGCCCAGAUCACCUCUACUCCUUUCGGAUUCUCAACAAUGGAGAGGAGAUAGCCAUGCUCGAGGCCAAAUCAUCUGAGGAAAUGGGCCAUUGGCUGGGCCUCCUCCUGUCUGAGUCGGGAUCCAAGACAGACCCAGAAGAAUUCACCUAUGACUAUGUGGAUGCAGAUCGAGUUUCCUGCAUUGUGAGUGCAGCAAAGACCUCUUUCUUUUUGAUGCAGAGAAAGUAUUCAGAGCCUAAUGCCUACAUCGAUAACCUGCCCAAAGGCCACCAGCAUGAGGAGCCUUAUGAUGAGGUCAUUCUGGAUACAAAUGAGCCAACACCAUUAGUAGAACAAAUACAAGAAACCACUCCUCUGAAAGCACCUACAUCUGAAGAAUUAGAUCGAGUGUACUUAGAUCUCACACCCCUUGUGUCCUUUCCACCUGGCCCCAGUCAUGUGAAAGCCCAGCUUUCCCCUCCUUCCUCUCCACUUUUGGAAAAAGCCAUCUUUAAGACAGAAAUAGAAGAUAGCACUGAAACCUCUUCAGCAGACAGGGAAACAGAAUUAUGCAGAAAGUCUUUGGAAAUAGCACAAGAACAGAAACAACCAGAAAGGAUGGAAUCAGAAGAGCCAACACUGAGAGGCACUGGUGUCAAAAUUCAAACCCAACAACAGAAAAUCUCUUUUCCUCAGAGUUUCCCUGACUUUCCAUUCACCACAGCAACAGGGACUCAUCUACAGCUAGUCGCUACCCCUAAAGAGAAAAUGGAGAAGUCCAAGGGGACCAGUGCAGCUCCUGUAGAAAUUAAACUUGGCAAGAAUAGGACUGAGGCUGAAGUGAAGCGGUACACAGAGGAAAAGAAGAGGCUUGAGAAGGAGAAGGAAGAAAUUCGGAGUCACCUUGCACAGCUCCGGAGAGAAAGACGGGAACUGAAAGACACUGUGGUGAGAUGCACAGAUAGGUGCACCUUGGCCUGUCUGGAGCAGAAGUUAAAGGAGAUGGAGGAGGAGUGCAAGGAAAAGGAGAAGAGACGUGUGGACCUGGAGCUAAGCAUCAUGGAGGUGAAAGAAAGCCUGAAGAAGGCAGAAGCAGGACCUGUGACCUUAGGCACAGCAGUGGACACCACCCACCUGGAAAAUACAACUCCCAAAACCAAAGUUCCCAAUCCAGCUCCUGCUGCAGACUCUUCUCCAGUCAACUCUGCAAUAGCUUUAAAAAAUAGACCUCUCUCCGUCAUGGUAACAGGCAAAGGAACAGUCUUAAGGAAAGCUCUGGAAUGGGAGAAGAAAGGAGCAAGUUAGGAAAUGGACCUUCCAAUAAAAACUGACAUGAUUGAUAUGGACCUUGGAUGACAAUCCUCCCAAGUUAAGGUCUGACCUAAAAGCAGAGAACACUGUUCAGAAGGAAAAGAAAGGAUCAAGACAACUGUGAACAGAGGUCUUUGGCUAAGGACUCCUGCACCUCCCCAAGGUAGUGGGGAGAGAGGAAGGGAUGACUCCCAUGCCCCUUUUCACCAUCCAGGGAAAUAACACAAAAAGAAAGGACACUUUUGUGGUAUUCCUAAUCCACUGUUGUAAACAGGAAUGCUGUUGUUGUUAGGGAUGGUUUAUGUAUUUCUACAUACAAAUUUAUCAAUUGCAUUAUUGAAAUUUAGCUCAUAGUUCCAUAACAAGAAGUUUAGUUUUUGUUUUUCUUUAGAGGGAGGGGGAGAAAACAUGUAAAGAAUCCUAGUAGCUGAAUGGUUCUACAACUUGGAAUUUUGGCUUCAGCAACCAAAAUAACCUAAAAUCAUCAGCAUCAUCUCUAUUCAGUACUGACUGAUAAAGUUCAAUUUUCCUGCUUUGAGGGAGCCAAGCUCCAGGCUUGGGGUCUCAAGCCCUGAGCAGUUGUAUGUUAGAUAAUUCAAACUCUUGUUUCAGGUUGUUUGGCUUGUGAUCCCACACAUGUAGAAAUAGCCUAGAACUUGCUUUAAAACAAAAAACCCACUUGUGGGGGUGCUGCCUUUUCAGAGGGGAGAAAAAGACUAGGAAACUCUACUUGGGGUAAAUUAUUUUUAAUAAAAGUCCCUCAUUCACUGGUAUUGAAUAUGUAAGAAUGUUUCUUUUAAUUUAAUAUGAGGACACGAUCCUAUUGGGCACUAACAUUUCAUAAGUAACUAUGAAAUCACCAUAAAGCUAGUAUACAAAUGCCAUUUUUGAGAAAAUGUCAUCUCACGUGUAUAUUUUGGUCACAGAUCCAAAAAUGUUCUCUUUAUCCAUGUUUUAAAAACAAUAUCUGAGAACUAGUUGAAAGCUAUUUCAUUAACCAGGUUCAAUGAAGAGAUAAAAAUGUCCUUUUCUCUUUAUUUGGUUAGUUCUAAUAAAUGGAUUAAAUGUCUCAAACUGAGGGAUACAAGUACUCUUUUUCCUCCUUCGGUAGGCAGUGCUCAGGCUCCCUCCAAGAAGAAUACUGUGGAAUUUGUUGAAUGGGAAUAGGAGCUUAUUUCACCCACCCCACUUUUAAAGACAAGCAAACAAACAAAUCACAACUAAUAGAUGAUGACCUUCCACUUGGUGGUGUUGUCUUUUUUCUUUGAUAGAAAAAUAAACAUUGGUGUAUAUUUGUUGUUGCUUAAAAGAAAAGGUUUUCAGACAUUUCAUCAUCACCUCAACCUUCCCUCUACCCCCUGCCCCAUCCAAACAUCUUUGUAAUUGUCACUGUCUUUCUAAUCACAGGGCAUUUAUUUCCUUUGUCAUAAACUUGUUCUUGGUGUUUUAGAUAUUUUUUAAAAAAUAAAGUAUUAAGUAUA